AUGUCACGCCGUCUCGUGGAGAAUGGAGCUAUAUUAUUUGUCAAGAAGAUAAAAGCGCACAGAAUUGAGGUGAAUUUACUCCAACUCUACGAAGACGUACGUUCCAGAAGGUCACCGUUCGUCAUGAACGGCGAUGGUGACGGUGCUGUAGAGUACACCACCAAACUGAGCCCUCACCCGAGGUACAAGCGGGACCCCAACAUAUUUGUCGACAACGAGGAGAUUGGCCAGCAGCCCCGUGUCGUUGCCAUC